AUGGGCUUCCCCAGAAGAAACAAUAUUAAUACCACCACCCUGUCAAUGACAUUUACAAGCCAAUUCGCCAUAGGUGCAAUAAAGGAUAUACAUGUGAUAAUGCUGCAAGUAGGCUUUACAGGAGCGCCCACAAAUCAGCCGGCGCUUGUGAAGGUUAGGGGAGGGCGCCAAUGUAGAAAAGAACAGCAAAAGACAGCAUACUCCAACAGUCUGCAGACCGCUUUACGAGUUGCCGGAGGUCUAUGCCAGAUGCAAACAUUGAAAAAAGUGUCAAAAAAGAUAACACAAAAGACAAAACACCGAAACCAGUGCGACCGGACCCUUGCAAAACUUGUAGAAACAACGCCCCGUACAUGUUGGCUCAAUCAUUCGAAUUAUGUUGCUUGUUGA